AUGGCGAGGGAAGGAAGGGAUGUCUUUAUGGCAGUGAGGAAUCUCCGCGGUCUGCGGGAGAGUGCGGAAGACUCGCCGACGUCUCCUGUCCGGGAAUUUGGCGGCUCCGGGGAUCACUCAUUCGUCAGAUCCAUGUCGGUCGGGACGGACGCCACUCUCGGGCAGUUCUCGGACACGCAGCCACAGGAAGUGAUGGCGGAAGAAGAAGAGGGAGAUGAGACGUAUACGCUUGAUAAGAUCCGUCAUGCGCUCAAGAAGUCAAAUGACGGAGGGAAUACGCUGGAUCUGAGUCGGAGGGGAAUACAGCAGAUCGGGCCGGCUGCGGUCGAGGUGUUUAGGAAGGGGGUGGGGCAGGAUCGGAAGGGUGUUUACCGACUAGCACUAUCGUACAAUUCUCUUCGAGAUAACGGGCUCGACUACUCCUUCUGUCGCCUAAGCAGACUCCGCUAUCUCAACUUGAAAGGCAACAACUUUACAGUCUUCCCUCUCGCUCUCACCGAGAUGCCCGGGCUCGAUAUCCUCGACAUGUCCAAGAAUCAGCUCCGUGCUUUCCCCGAUCAACCUGGACGACUGAUGCAUAUCCGGGUUUUGUCGAUCACCAACAACAAGCUCGUCACGCUGCCUAGCUACUUGACGAAGUUUGACGAUCUUCAGGUGUUCAAAGUGGAUAAUAACCCUAUCGAAUGGCCACCAAGGGAAGUCCUGGGCGCUCUGGUAGAUGGUGACUCUACGUCUCGAGAGCGGGAUGAGUCUGGUCGAGCCGGACGGGCGAAGAAGAAGGAAGCAGAUCUGAGGCCGUGGAUUGAGAAUAUGAAGAGCUGGAUGAGGCAGAGGGUGGAGGCAUCGGAGACGCUCUUGGAGCAGGAGGGGGAGGUGGAGACGACAUAUGCAGCUGCAAGCAGACUAUCCGGGCGUCCCGGGAGGAGCCGACCGAACGUCCUUCACCCCCUGCUCCAGGCCCAGAACCUCCGCUCAACGACGUUAUCUACCGAUAACCUCGCCAAGCUGGCGUCACCCGCUAAACCUCCUCCACUCCAAAUCCCCGUCUCUCACUCUCGUCAGCCCUCCACGAGCACCCCACCUACCUCAGCCAUCUCGUACUCAUCAACACACUCCCGGCAAUCAUCCACCAACCUCCCGCCUCCGCCGCCCAUACCCGCCGCCGCAGCGGGCCACAGUCGCGGCGCAAGCUACACGGCGACCCAGCGGCUGAGUGCCAGUCUAGCCAGCAAAAAGUCAUUGCCGGACCUGCGGCAGAGCCACGCCAAAAUCAUCUCGGACUGGCGCGAGGGCGGGCAGGAUGUCGUCGAGGUCCGGACUCUCGGUUUGGGGAUUAAAUCACCUAUAUCCGCUCGCUUUAACCCUACGCCAACUCCUCCUCGGACGGCCGAGAUGGUCAAAUCCCCCUCGUCCGCUUCGUUCCUCACAGAUAAGGAGAGGAUGCGGACGCUCAGCCGUAAAGGGUCGACGGAUAUGCUUCGGCGUGUCAAGGGGAGCUUGGGUCCGGAAUUGUCGAUGGGGGAAAAGCGGAAUAGUCAAGAGGGACCGCUCGUCGAUGAUUCUCGCAAUUCGUACUUCCGCCGUUUGUCGACACUGCCGGUAUCGAGUAUAUCCAAGGCGAUCCCCCCUUCCCUCCUUCGCUGCGUCGACGCCAUCCGCGGUAUCCUCUUCGCCCUCUCCCAGCUGCAUUCGGCUCUUCGCCAGUACCUCGUGUUCGCCGUCUCGGACCGGGUCGCCAAUCUCUUUUCAAAAGUCCUCGAUCCGGCCAGCGGGCGGAUGGCGGCCCUCAUCAAUGCGUUGGACCGGUUCGACUCGAUGUCGCGCAGAGGGACACCGCCCGUCUCUGCCAUCCGCGGUGUAAUGGACGCGACGCGGGCCAGUAUCUCCACGUUUGCCAAAGUCGUCGGGGUGCUUCGGCUCCAGAUGCCCGCUUUGAAGGGGACGGAUGUACGAUAUACCCGGACCCUCCUCUUGAUGAUAUACGGCUCGAUGGCGGAGGUGUCGUAUUCGUGGACGGCGAUUGCGCCGCUAUUGGCGGAUCUGAAGGUGUUGAUGGUCAGCGAUGGGCAGGGAUUGGCGGUACGGGCCGUAUGGGGCGGAACAAAGAUGGCUGCUUCUGCGAGCUUUGGGGGCCGGACACCCAUCUCGCCGAUCCCGGAGCGAGGUGAAUCGCAUUCCCCACCUAGCGCUUCGAGGUCGGAGCGGACCGAAAAAGCGCUGGGGACAUCGCCGCUGCAUCAGUCGGUAUCAGCGGUCGAUCCGAGUUUGUCGCCUACGCCGGUAUCUACUGCUUUGGGAUCGGGAGCGUCAGCGGGGAGAGGAGUCCCCAUCGGUGGUAACCGUAACCGGCGACAAGCGGGCAGUUUCUCAACGCAGGACGUGCAGAGGGGGAUGCAGAUGGUCGGCCAGGGGUCGCCCGUCGCACUCACGGAAGGCGGAUGGGGGCGGCACAAGUCGUCUGGCUCAGCCAACAGUCUGUUGCCGCGCACAGAAGAGUCGGAUGCGGAGGACGAGGAGGCGCGGAUGUUGAGCGCAUUGGAGGAUGAGGAGCUGGAUACGAUGCUUCCUAAUCCUCCUUUCGCGCUCCGAGCGGGAGUAUCCAAUAGCUCCACCAUCAACCUCCCUCAGACGCCCCCGGAACAUACUGCGGCGCUACAACCGAUCGCCAUGCUCCAUACGACGUCGCACCACUCGCACUCGCGUCGCGGUCAUCAUGGUCCGUCCUCGUCCUCCGGAUCGAGCCAUAUGCUCCAGACAAACGGGUACGGCGUCCCCCGGAAAUCAUCUAUAGAUAUCCGCCCGCCGACCCCCGCUUCCGCUUCCGCUUCGGCCGGCCAACUCGACGAAGACCUCCUGGACACGAUCGAGUCCGCUACCGACGUGGCCUUCACCGCGUGGCUCCGGAUCGCCGAGGAUGUCGGCGCGUCCUCCCCUCCUUCCCUGGCCCCAGGCCACCAGAAAUCUCCAUCCCAGUCCAGCCUCUCGUCUGGCCCUUACAGCGCCAAUGACUCUCGUCGGCCCUCCACCAUCUCCGCCCGGCACUACGCGGACCUCCUGGACCUCCUCUCCUCCUCGGAACAAACCACGUCCACGCUGCGCGAAUGCCUCAUGGGUAUCCGCGCAAACCCGCACUCUCCCUCCCAAUACGCGGCUUUGCACACGCACGCGCAAAACUUCGUCAAGACCGUGGUCAAGGUCACGGAGCUCAUCAUGAAUAUAUCCGCGACGCAUAGCUUCCCUUCCGGCGUCAAAAGCUGCUGUGCGAGACUCGUCCAGUUUACGCGGGAAUUUGCGAUUCUCUUCUCGGUAUCGAAUAUCCGACCUGGGACUUCGGCGUCUAUGCGGAGUCUCACUGCUGCUCCGGGCGGCGCUGGUGGUGGUGGUGCUAGCGGCGGACACGGUCAAUUAUCGGCCCGCUCAACAAGCCCCAUGCCCCUCUCGUCCCGCUCCCGCUCGACCACGCGGUCCGGGUCAAAUUCUGGGUCGGGGUCAGGCUCGGCGCCGCUCUCGGGCUCGCAUACGCCUCGAUCGGGAAGUAUGGGGAUGGGAAUGUCCCAGAUGGGCAUGGGGAUGUACGGCGCAGCUGGCGAAAGUAGUACUGAGGACCUAUUGGCGCCGCAUUCGGCCAUCACGCCCGGAUCGGGCAAUUGGACGUCUGCGGGGAGUGCGGGACCGCCCAGUGCGGGAUUGAGGGGCUUGCAGUUGCCCAGUAGGCAGGCGGCGUUGGCGAGGAGGAGGGCGGGGCCGGGUGGGGGUGUGCCGGUGAGAUAA